AUCUUCCCGGACCAGGGCACGAACCCGUGUCCCCUGCAUUGGCAGGCGGACUCUCAACCACUGCGCCACCAGGGAAGCCCUGUUUUUUAAAUUUUAAAUGGAGAGUAGUGGAUGUCAAACAUCAAGUAUUUUUUUUCUUAUAGUAAAUUUAAUGAGUGUAAUGCUUAAUGUUUUUAUUUUCUCAAACUUCCUUUUACAUUCUCCCAGAAAGUUGCUCAUAGGUGCACAUGCCCAACAUUUUGCUUACAACUUCAGAGACUUUGUACCUCUGAAGCCCAGGUCCCAGAUUGAGAACCGCUAAAACAAAGCAUCCCCCAUGAAGUUGCUCAGCAAAAGUUUUCCACUCGGAGCAAACAUGGGUUAUAGCAGAAAGUGUUGUCAGUCUAUGAGGGACGAUUGCUGAUCAUGGCUGUCUAAGUUAUGAGGGGCUAAAAAAUAGCAGUUUAAAAUUUUAUACUUUUCACCUGUGUGGAGAAAGAGCAUGCUUUGUAUUUCAUACGAUAUUGGUAGCAUAAAAUAAAUGUUUCUUAAUGAAAUUAACUCUGGUGAGUUGGUUUUGGAGGAAAUGAUAAAAGCAUAAAUGUGCAUGAAAAUUCAGUUUUAUAGGUUAUGGGUUAAGGUGCUGGUUAAAUUUUGCUUCAAGUUAUGCUUAUCAAUUAAGAAACAGAAUUUCGUUUUCUGGAGUUACGUUAAGAAUGUUGCAUAAUUUCAAGACACAGAAGUACCAAGCAGGGACUUCCCUGGUGACGCAGUGGGUUAGACUCCACGCUCCCAAUACUGGGGGCCCGGGUUCGACCCCUGGUCAGGGAACUAGGUCCCACAUGCAUACUGCAACUAAGAGUUCACAUGCCACAACUAAGGGACCCGUGUGCCGCAACUAAGGAGCCCUGGAGCCACAACUAAGGAGCACAUGUGCUGCAACUAAGGAGCCUGCAAGCCCACCUGCUGCUACUAAGACCCGGAGCAACCAAAUGAAUAAAUUAGUUUUUAAAAAAAGAAGUACCAAGAAGCCUUGGUCUUAAGAAGCAGCCUCUUGCAUUUAGAAAAGUCAGUUAAAAAUUUCCAACUAGCGAAAAAUGGUUGGAUUCUGUAUGUAUUUUGAAGGUGAAGCCAUUAGGACUUCCUGAUGGGGUGUGGGAAAAGAAAAACAAUGCAUUUAGGAUGAUUUGAGGUACUUGACUGUAGCAACUGGGAGGAUGGGUUUGUCAUCAGCUGAGAUCUUCAAGUAGAUCAGGUUUGGGGGUGAGGGGCAAGAUAGUUCAGAAAAAAAGAAACUUCUGAUAAAAAUCCUAUCUUGAGAUAAGUUGACAUUCAUCUGACAUGUUGAUAUUUGGUUAAUGAGGUCUAGAGAAUGUAAAAGGCUGUGUUACUUUUAAAUAGUUUCUGUUACCCAUAGUAAAAGAAUUAUUUCAGGGGAUUUCACUGUUAACCUAUGAGUUACUUGCGUUUCUAACUCCUAAGUUUUAGCGCUAUGCCUGGAAUGUGAAAGGUGCUCAGAAAAUGUCAGUGUGGUGGAUGGAUAGUGUGUUGGUGGGUAACUUCCCCUGCAGCAAGUAUCACCUGAACAGAGAAGCAGAUGGAAAACAAUCAUUCCCAUUUGUGAAGAUCUGUGUCUGUCAUAGAUGUGUUGCGAGAUGUUUGUAUUAAACUUGUUCCUUCUGCCAAGAGAUACUGUUCUUCCCCUCAAGAAAUGGCAUUAUCUCCACUUACUAAAGACUUUGAGAGCAUCUGUGAGUAUCUAGCUACUACUUAAAAUCCCUCAGAAUCUGUGCAUACACACAGAACAAGUCAAAAGACAACAUCAUGCAGGUCAGUUGGCUAUUUUCUCUAGACAGCAGUUGACUGUCAUGAUGCAAGAGAUUGGUGUAGCCCAGGUAGGGGAGAUCGUGAUGAGUUUUACUCUAAAAUCUCCCGCUGCACUUUUAAAGAAGUGAUAGAUUGACCUUGUUCAAAUAUACACUCUGGAUCACUGUGUUCUUUUGAAACUAGACCUUUGUUCAUUACUAAGAUCUAUAUUUUUCUUUUUCCUUCUCAAUACUUUUAUAGUGGCCAUCCAGCUGAUGCUACUAACUUCACUGAAACAGAAAAGGAGGUUCAGAAAGUCAAAGUACUAAUGAUCUUGAAAGUAUCUAAUAGGAGAUCCUUACUGGGGCUGAAUUUGCUUGUGAUAUCGACCCAGUGAUUUUGGUUGAACGAUUCCUUUUUAUCCAUUGUCAGUGCUCAUUAAUGUUGUCACCUGACAAAUUUCUUCCCAGUGACUGGUUUUGCUGUGCUUCUUGUUGUCGUGGCUCUGAUGUUCAGCUGACCCCACUUCAUCUAGGAGUGGCAGGGUGGAGAUGGUCACAUGUUUGCUGGCAGUAGUCAGAUGACAAGGCUGCUGGAAAAGGCUUAACCUGCCAAGACAUAUAUCUAAGGCAGGGGACCAGCAAGGCUCAGAUGUCAGCUUCAGACUGUUGAUUUAGCAUCUGGCCUUUGACAGGUUACACUGGCCAGCCAAGUCAGCCCCAGGCUUGAGCAAAACACUGUAGGAUAAAGAAUGGGAUCUAAUUAAAUGGAGUGGAAAUAAUGUGAGAAGGAUGGCUUUUUAUAUCCCAUUCUAACCCUCUCUGCUUUUUCUUUGCUUUUAAAACUCUGCAGCUUCUUGGAGCUCCUGCCUUAAGAGGAGCUAUACAUUCCCCUUGCAAUGUAAGAAUCCUACCUGAGCAUUUACUUCCCUUGAAGGACUGGUUAAGCCUUUAAAUAGUAAAGCAGACUUCACUCUACAAAAAGAAAAAUCUCUCAUGGAAUUUUUAAACUUUCCCUGUUGAAAUGUUUUAACUGUGAUGUGUCUACUGAGGAGUUCUAUCUCUCCAUCUCUAUUCCUAGUACAAUAAGAGAGGUGUCAGAGUUUUCCAUUUAGAUCUACAACUUCAAAUUCUCAGCAUGGAAAACUCAGAGAAGACAGAAGUGGUUCUCCUUGCUUGUGGUUCCUUUAAUCCUAUCACCAAUAUGCACCUCAGGCUAUUUGAGCUGGCCAGGGACUACAUGAAUGGAACAGGGAAAUAUGAAGUUAUCAAAGGCAUAAUUUCUCCCGUCGGCGAUGCAUAUAAGAAGAAAGGACUCAUCUCUGCCCAUCACCGAGUUAUCAUGGCAGAACUCGCCACCAAGAACUCAAAAUGGUUGGAAGUUGAUACAUGGGAAAGUCUUCAACAGGAUUGGAUAGAGACUGCCACGGUGCUAAGACACCAUCAAGAGAAGCUGGAAGCCAGUAGCUGUGAUCAGCAGCAGGGCUCACCUGUACUGGAAAGGCCUGGACGGAAGAGGAAGUGGGCUGAACAAAGACAAGAUUGUAGUCAAAAGAAAUCACUAGAGCAAACAAAAACAAAAGGUGUGCCAAAGGUGAAGUUGCUGUGUGGAGCAGAUCUCUUGGAGUCCUUUGGUGUGCCCAAUCUGUGGAAGGGUGAGGAUAUCACCAAAAUCGUGGGAGACUAUGGGCUUAUAUGUAUUACUCGGGCUGGAAAUGAUGCUCAGAAAUUCAUCUAUGAAUCCGACGUGCUGUGGAAACACCAGAACAACAUUCACCUGGUGAAUGAAUGGAUCACCAAUGACAUCUCAUCCACAAAGAUCCGGCGAGCCCUCAGAAGGGGCCAGAGCAUUCGCUACUUGGUACCAGACCUUGUCCAGGAAUAUAUUGAGAAGCAUAGUUUGUAUAGCUCCGAGAGUGAGGAGAGGAAUGUUGGGGUGAUCCUAGCUCCUUUGCAGAGAAAAACUGCAGAAGCUGACACAUGAGAAAUUCUCCAGCAUGGUAUUGUGGACUUUCCUUUUGGGAAUUUGAAACAGUGUGGGUGUUAGUAAAUGGGGGAAGGAAUUGUGAUCCUCUUUAAUAAAUUAAAGUUUAAAAGGUUGGUAAAAAUCAGUAGUAAUUUAAAAUCAGGUUUAUCUUUAUCAGAAGUUACUAAGGUGAAUGAUUUCAAUUUUUUUUUUAGGAAUAUACAAAUCCCUUUAUCUUUAAAACAAGAGAUUAGUAGCAGAGCUAAUUGUAGAAGAACAUUUAAUAUACAAAUCCCUUUAUCUUUAUUUUUUAUUAUUAUUAUAAAUUUAUUUAUUUAUCUUUGGCUGCAUUGGGUCUUCGUUGCUGUGCACGGGCUUUCUCUAGUUGCGUCAAGCUGGGGCUACUCUACGUUGCGGUGCGUGGGCUUCUCAUUGUGGUGGCUUCUCGUUGCAGAGCACGGGCUCUAGGCGUGUGGGCUUCAGUAGUUGUGGCACGUGGGCUUCAGCAGUUGUGGCUCGCGGGCUCUAGAGCGUAGGCUUCAGUAGUUGUGGCACGUGGGCUUAGUUGCUCUGUGGCAUGUGGGAUCUUCCCGGACCAGGGCUCGAACCGUGUCCCCUGCAUUGGUAGGUGGAUUCUUAACCACUGCACCACCAGGGAAGUCCCCUCUUUAUCUUUAAAACAAGAGAUGUGUAGCAGAACUAAUUGUAGAAGAACCUUGUAGAAGAACAUUCAAUCAAACUAACUACAAAAAGAAUUCAAAAAAGACAUCCUGGCUUUACCACAGAAAGAGAAGUAAAGUGUGAAAAGUAAAGAGACCAUUUAAGAUCCUAAUUUUAGUUACGAAAGGAACGAACAUUUUAUGCAUGCCUUUUUUCCUGGGCAGCGCUCACUCAGGGUGGCCGAAGAAUUCUUAAAAUAGUGAUCUUGUAAAAUGCAUCACUGAUCAGUCAUCUCCAGCUGUGCAAAAUACCGGCUGUGAAGUCCUGGCAGAAACUACGCCAGGAGCUGGUUCUCUCCAGCACACAUCAGAAGGCCAGUGAAGCUUUGCUAGGCACGCUUAACUGCAGCCCCACCUGUAGAGGCAGGGAGAGGGGUCCAAGCCCUGGAAUGUUUAGAAAGGUACACGGGUGUUUCUGAUGCCCACGAGAGGCAGGGAGCCUCUGCCUUCCCCACGUUAUGCACAGAUUCUCUUAGCACAGCCCUGUUGUGGCUCCUGGUCCAGCCCUGGCCAUCUGCCAUCUCUGUAUAGAAGGGAUGUCGUGCUAACCUGACGCAGAGAGAACCACAGAGAAUGAGAGAUCUCACUCAAGGAUUUUGUGAGGUGUGAAUGCUCUUAGCCUUUACUGGUAGCUUAAUCAGAUGGUGAAAGGACACGAGAAAUGCCACACUGGACCAGCCCAGCAGUUCCUCUUUCUUUUUGUGGCUGCGUUGGGUCUUCGUUGCUGUGCGCGGGCUUUCUCUAGUUGCAGCGGAGCGGGGGCUACUCUUCAUUGUGGUGCGCGGGCUUCUCAUUGUGGUGGCUUCUCUUGUUGCGGAGCACGGGCUCUAGCCGCGCAGACUUCAGUAGUUGUGGUAUGUGGGCUCAGUAGUUGCGGCACACAGGCUGUAGAGCACCGGCUCAGUAGUUGUGCCACAUGGGCUUAGUUGCUCCGUGGCAUGUAGGAUCUUCCCGGACCAGGGCUCGAACCCGUGUCCCCAGCAUUGGCAGGCAGAUUCUCAACCACUGCACCACCAGGAAAGCCCCCCAGCAGUUCCUUUAGCUCAGAAUUUUGGUUCCUGAUGAGUGGCUUGUGGAAGAAAUCUCCACAGCCUCAAUCUAAAACUCUCGAGUUUCUGAAGACCCCUGCUGGUUCUAUUCCAGCCCACUGUGAACCUGCCAUUUGUGGAUUUAAGCAGAAAAAGAGUCUGUUUUCUUAUACUUUUUCUCUUCUUGUCCUUUUGUAGGAACUUUACCCAAAGUAGAACACUCAAAUAAUAAUUGAAGUCAUAACGUUAUGUUAAAAACACAAACUUGUUAUAUGGUUUGCUACUGAUUAAAAUUUUGUGGAAGUUUUACCAAUUAAUAAAACAAAAAGACCAGAAAUAGCUUUUUCUAGAAUAGUUUUAUGGUUCAUGAAAAUCACUCUGUGAUAGAAAGAGGACUAAAGUUAAAUUUCUAAUGAAAGUAGAAUAGGGACUUCCCUGGUGGCACAGUGGUUAAGAAUCCACCUGCCAAUGCAGGGGACACGGGUUCGAGCCCUGGUCUGGGAAGAUCCCACAUGCCGCGUAGCAACUAAGCCCGUGCGCCACAACUACUGAGCCCUCGUGCCACAACUAUUGAAGCCCGUGUGCCCUAGAGCCCGUGCUCCACAACAAGAGAAGCCACCGCAGUGAGAAGCCCGUGCAUGGCAGUGAAGAGUAGCCCCCGUUCGCCGCAACUAGAGAAAGCCCACGCGCAGCAACAAGGACCUGACGCAGCCCCCCAAAAUAAUAAUAAUAAUUUUAAAAGAAGAAAGUAGAAUAAUUUACCUUUACAUACCUACAUCUAAUAAUUUACAUUUCAUACCUACACCACUCUAAAGGAUUUAUACCUCUGUAGGAGAAAAAAAUGUACUUAUACCUGUGCAGUUAGAUAGUCAGAUCUGAAGCCACCAUUUAAAAAAGGAAAAUGUUAAAUAAACUUGGCAAAUGUAAAUUCUACAGCUCGUGGCUUAUUCUUAUGAAGUCAACAGGCCGACUUCUCAAAGACGGAGGAGAGCAAAGCCUGGCACCCAAUAGCUUCAGUCUCUUAUCUGCUGAACAAAUGCAAGGUUAUAAUCUCAGAUUGUAGAGGUGAGGAUCAUUCUUCCACUCCUCAGCUUUUCGGAGUUUAAGAAUUGUAGCAGUACUGAAAAAUAACAAUCGAGAAACAGAUGAAGUUAUCAAAAUGUAACUUUGAUUUCUUCUCCUGGAAAACUACACUUAGUUUAUAUGAACUGUGUGUGAACUGCAGGAAGUUUCCAGUGCUAGAAACUUCUUUUCUACUUUGAUGCCUUCCUGCCUAGAAGUGCUCACAGUCUGCUUAGCUGUGAGUAUAUUGACCUCAGGGCCCACUGGGUAAGGCAUGUGGGGACCCUCCCAGGAGACCUGGUAACAGUGAAAUGAUCCCAUUGUUGUGCUAUUUAUGGAUCAACAACUUUGUAUAUGGAAGGAGCUGCUUGCCUUUUUGUCCCAGUACCAGGAUGCUGCUAAUGCCACAAGGUAAUAACAUAGUUUAGGGUAUCCUUAAGGACAGAACUUCCUCUUUGGAUAAUGAAAUAAGACAAUGAAUUUCACAAGGGAAUAAAUAUCAGUAACUGUUGUGGCUUCUGUUGAGGAAGAGGGGAAAAAUGCCAUUGUUUGUUCCCUACCAUACCUUUUUCAUACUUGGCUCUUGUAAUGUGAAUUUAAGAGUUUAGGAAGUGUGUAGAGCUGGUGUUU